GACUUAAUUCUGCACACAAAGCUAUAAAUUGAUUGUUUAAUAAUCACGUCAUCAGCUCAAUAAUUACAAUCUUGAUGGGACACCCCCUAAAAGCGCAAGCAAGUUAAAAUAUGGCAACCAGAAGAUCAGCAAGAACUAGAAAAAGAGAUCCUCCUCCAGAUGAUGUUGAGGAUGAAGGGUCAAAGGUUAUCUGCUGGGAGUGGGAGGGUGACAAAGGACAGUGGACGUCAUAUGACCACCCACAUGCAGCCGAGAUCACCAAAGCUCUAACUGGAGGAGAGGAUACUGUGACACUGCAAGUGGCCUCCACUGUCAAGCUGAACAUUAGCCUGAGCUCCAUGACACAAACGAACGUGGCAACAGGAUGGCAGAGAAAUGUACGCUGUCACAGCAGUGGGUGUGGUCAGUGGGAGUGGCAAAACGAGCACGGAGUGUGGAAUGCUUAUUCUCCGAAUUUGCAACAACUGUUAGUGGCGUGUACCGAGUGUGGUGUGAGUGAGAGAGAGAUAAAGUGCGGGGGACGCAGCUACAAGCUGGAUCUGACGGCUAAGAAACAGAUCAACGUGGAGACAAAGGUUGAGAGGAAGAUUAGAGUCAAUGGAGAGGUUGAAGAGCCUUCUGCUAUUAAGAAGAAGUCCAAUAUAGAGACUGAGGAAGCUGCUGUAAAACCCACGCCCAAAGCUAGGAAAGCAUCAUCUAGUAAAUCUUCAGCUAGCAAGUCAUCUGGUGCAAAAUCAUCCGGUAAAGCAAAAGAAGAGGACUCUAAUGGUCGUGUUAUCGUGGCAACUAAAGGGGAAGUCCCUGUGGACUACGCCUGUACGACAAAGGUUGGAAAGGCCAGUGUGUACAGUGAGGGAGGAGUGCAUUGGGACGCCAUGCUCAACCAGACCAACCUCAAAAACAAUAACAACAAGUUUUACAUAAUGCAGUUGCUGCAAGAGAGCGGGACACGUGGUGCUCAGUACAGUGUGUGGUUCAGGUGGGGCCGAGUGGGUAAAACUGGCCAGAACAGUUUGCAACCUUGUGGAGGCGAUUUGGAGCAAGCUAAAGACUUGUUCCGUAAAAAGUUUGCGGACAAGACCAAUAACAGUUGGGAGGACAGAGAUAGCUUCGUGAAAGUGACUGGAAAGUAUGACCUCUUGAAGAUUGACUACGAGGCAAAGGAUGAGGUUGAUGGUGGGGAAGAGGUGGACGGAGUGUCAGGAGAAGGUAGCAGUGAGGACUUGAAGCCAGUAGAGUCAAAGCUAGACCCUAAAGUGCAGUCUCUGGUCCAGCUGAUCUGCAACGUGAAGGCAAUGGAGGAUAUAGUGGUGGAGAUGAAGUACGAUGCAGAGAAGGCCCCUCUCGGCAAACUAACAACCAAUCAGAUCCGUUUAGGUUACGCUGCUCUCAAGAAGAUCGAGGACUGCAUCAAUAAGAGUGACUUUGGGGACCGCCUCUACAAGGCUUGCGACGAGUUCUACACUAGGAUUCCUCACUGCUUUGGAAUGCAGCGACCUCCUGUUAUCAAGACAAAGGAGAUGGUCAAGGAGAAGAUAGCUCUACUGGAGGCUCUGGGAGACAUCCAGAUUGCCAUGAAAGUGUUGAGUAGUGGAGAUGCCUCUAAGGAACAUCCUGUCGACCGCCAUUACAGUGAGCUCAAGUGCCAGCUGGCACCAGUCGACACAGAAGACUCGGUUUUUGCUCUUGUGGAAAAGUACAUGCGACAGACACACGCUGGGACGCAUAACCAGUAUACUAUGCAGCUGCUUGAUCUGUUCUCCGUGGAGAGGGAAGGAGAAGCAGAGCAGUUCACAGACAAGGGAAAUAGGAAGCUGCUGUGGCAUGGCUCCAGAAUCACUAACUGGGUGGGUAUUCUGAGUCAAGGGCUGAGGAUAGCUCCUCCAGAGGCACCUGUGACUGGCUACAUGUUUGGCAAAGGCCUCUACUUUGCUGACAUGUCCUCGAAGAGUGCCAACUACUGCUUUGCCUCCAAGGCCAAGAACGAAGGGUUCAUACUUCUUUGUGAUGUGUCUCUAGGCAACACUCACGACCUCCUUGCCGCAGAGUACAAUGCUGAUGAGCUAGUGAAAGGGAGGAGAGCACACAGUGUGAUGGGCCUAGGCAGAAUCGCCCCCAAUCCCUCCAUGGACCACACCCUGUCCGACGGUUGUGUGGUGCCCCUCGGGACUAGUGUUGACACUGGAGUGAGCAAUCCUCGAGGCUAUACACUCAACUACAAUGAAUACAUAGUGUACGAUGUCAAGCAAGUCAAGAUGAGAUAUCUGGCAAAAGUAAAGUUUAACUUCAAGUGACACUAGUAACUGUCUUUAGGAGUAAGCAUCAUUGGUGAUUUUGUGUUGAGUUUUAAUUAUUGAAGUUGUGUUUCUUGACGCUUCUCGUGUUCUGUUCCUCCAUUGAUGUUUUUUAUUUUCGCGAA